AAACACUGCAAUCAGGAAAUACCCGACUUGCCGCUGAACUUCACUACACUCCGCUCAUCUCCCAUAGCCAACUCCCUUGCUUUCCAAAUUGGUUUCUUUUCCGGCGGCGAUUCCAUCUUUUCCCAAUCAAAUUCACCUAAUGAAUUCCCCAAAUCUGCCAUCUUCGGCUCUCUUAAUGCCUUCCAGGCGAUAACAAACAAUAAUGAUCACCAACCAAGUGUUUUCAAGAUUAAAGGAAGGCUUUCUUUGCUAAUUCCAAGAUCCUUAUCUGUUUCCCGGAAAGGCGGGAUUUUGACAGAACGCCGAGGCUUACGGUUCCGGGUCAGGGGACCGCGGAUUCCGGUGCUUGAACGAGGUGUACAAAGUUUUUGGCUGAAAGGGUUUUGGUCGGAAUCUACUGGGAGGCUUUGUAUGGUUGGAUCGGGGACGAGUCAUGGAGAUGCGGGUAAGUUCAAAUCUUUCGGUGUUGUUCUCAAGCUUACCUAUUCGAAGAAUUCAAGUAUUUUUGGAAGUUUUGUUAGUGGAGUUCUGGAAAGUCUGGAUGAGAAAAAUGGUUUUAGCUAUUUUGAGCCGGUAUCGAUUUUGGCUGUUCAUGACCAUACUGAUGAGUACAAGUACACAUUGGUUAAUGGUGGAAAUGGGCAUUCAGGUUUGAGUGAGGAUGAUGGAGGGGAGAGUUUGUCUCUCAGUGAUGUGAAAGGAGGAGUGUGUUCUGUUAUCAGGGAACGAACUCUUAGGUUUGAGUUGGAAUAUAGGAGUGAGUGUGCCAAUGCUAGUUGCAGUCCUCUUCAUAGGGAUGUUGGCUAUGUACCUAGUUUCAUGUUUUUCAGACAUACUAGAUGUGUGGAUAAUGGGAAAAUGCAGAUUUUAUUGGCUUUUCGAAACUCUAGUGCUCUUGGUAGGACCAUGUUUCCUUUUGAUCCGAACACCACAUUGAUUGCUGAGGGAGCAUGGGAUGAGAAGGAGAAUAGGCUUUAUGGUGUUGCUUGUCAAAUUCUUAAUUUCCCGCAUUCUUCUUCUGAUGCUUUUGUUGGAGACUGCUCUACGAAGUUCAGCUUGAGAUUUCCUAUGAUUUUGUCUUUGAGGAAGAGGGGUUCACUUGUGGGGCAAAUUUGGAGCAACGAAACUGAGAAUGAUCCUAGUAACUUUGGGAAGAUUGGUUUCAGUGGUGUUAGACAACUGUCAGUGGGUAUUCCUGGUUUAAAAUAUGAGUAUACAGAGAUUGAUGGGGCUAGAAAAUCUUGUGCUAAUAAAAAUACUGCUAAACUUAAGAGGAAGACAUAUCCUGAGGGGCAUUCAUUGGACAUGAGAUUCAACAUUUUGUUGAGGAACAGUGAGAGACAAACAGCCUAUGGUUUUGCAUCCCCACUAUUUGUGGGUGAUCAGCUUUAUACAAACCAGCAUGAUGGGCUAUGGCAAAACCAGAGACCUGCAUUUCAUCAGAGCAAUAACAGUGGCAAUCCUUUGAACAUCAGCUACGAGAUUACUUUUGUAUCUGAUUUCGAUUUUGGCGGCAGGAUUCCUAUAUCCAGAGAGGUUGAAAUUUCUGCUGAAGGAAUAUAUGAUAGAGAUACUGGUCUUUUGUGCAUGAUAGGAUGUCGGCAUUUAGGAUCAACAAGUCAAAAGUUGAUGAAUGAUCAUUCACUGGACUGCAAUAUUACGAUUACCUUACAAUUUUCUCCAUUAAAUACUGCAGGAAUUGAUCAUGUCAAGGGAGUUAUUGAAAGCACUCGAUCCAAGUCUGAUGCUCUUUAUUUUGGACGGAUUGAUUUGUCUUCAAGAUCAAUAUACACUCCACAGGCGGAAGAAUCCAUAUGGAGAAUGGAUCUGGAGAUUAUUAUGGUUCUGAUUUCUAAUACACUUGCAUGUGUAUUUGUUGGUUUGCAACUUUUUCGUGUGAAGAAACAUCCAGACGUGCUUCCCUUCAUUUCUGUUGUGAUGCUUAUUGUUCUUACCCUGGGGCACAUGAUUCCGCUAUUGUUAAAUUUUGAAGCCUUAUUUGUAAAGAACCAUAAUCAGCGGAGUGCUUUUCUUCAGAGUGGCGGAUGGCUUGAAGUUAAUGAAAUAAUUGUAAGGAUGGUAACAAUGGUAGCUUUUCUUUUGCAGUUUCGUCUUCUCCAGCUCACAUGGUCUGCAAGACAAAGUGGUGAUAGUGAAAAGGGCUUGUGGGGUGCGGACAAAAGGGUUUUAUAUUUGUCUCUACCAUUGUAUAUUUGUGGUGGGUUGAUAUCUUGGUUUGUGCACCAAUGGAAUAACUCAAAGCAGAGCCCAUUUCUACGACCACACACAAAAUUUUAUGUUGUACAACCAAAGGAGAUUUACCAGAAAUCUUCUCUCUGGACUGCCCUGAAAUCUUAUGGUGGGUUGGUACUUGAUGGUUUUUUGCUUCCACAGAUAGCAUUCAACUUAUUCUCCAACUCAAGCAAAGAGGCUCUUUCUGCUUCCUUCUACAUUGGGACCACCCUGGUUCGUUCGCUGCCUCAUGCAUAUGAUCUUUAUAGGACUCACAGCUCUUCAGGAUACCUUGAUUUCUCAUACAUAUAUGCAAAUCAUAAGAUGGAUUUUUAUUCCACUGCAUGGGAUAUCAUAAUCCCAUUUGGCAGUUUGUUAUUUGCCUUCUUGGUCUUUUUGCAACAGAAAUUUGGAGGCCGCUGUUUUCUCUCCAGGUGGUAUAGAGAGGGUAAUGUAUAUGAGAUGGUGGCUACAGUUAGCAGUGAGGAGUUGCAAGGAGAAUCUGUUCAGAAGAAUUUUUAUAGUUUAUAGUACUCGAAACUUUGUUCCAUCCAUACUCUAUUUGCCAUGUUCUUGGACAUUCCUGCCUUUGAGUAUAGAAAUGUUUUAGUUCAUUAAUUGAGUUGAAUCUAUAUAUUUUACUUACAUGAGAUUAAUGAACUUGAGGUACUUUCUUUCCAGGGAACCAGCUUCUGCAUGAAUUCAUUUUAAUCCAUGUUUCAGGUUUAGAGUAGCAUUUGAAUCUCCGAGAUUUCUUAGCUUCAUGCUACUUCCAAUUCCAGGCAUUGAUUCAUUCACAUUUUUUAACAAAGUGCUGGUAUCAUC